AUGACCAUAUUUUCAAAGCUUCUCGUCCCUUUAUUCUUUGCUCUCAUUAUUUUGUUAUUCACCACUAAGUUCUCAAAUUUCUUCACCAUUGAAACCUUUUCUAAUAACCAAGAAAGCAAUGUAUUGCAACAAAGCUUCAAACCCUUUCUAAAGAGAUUGAAUUGGCAUUAUGCUUUCAUUGGUUUCAAAAACAUUGAAGAUCCAUAUUCCAUUAGUCCAUUGUUGCUCCCGACAGAAACUCCAAAAAAUCGCGCCAUUUCCACCGAUGCAAGCAAGUGUUUUCCCGUGAUUUUACCUCGUGGCGCAAUUACACCCGAUAAUUGCUGUCCUCCCAUGCAAUCACCAUUGAAGAUCAAAGAUUUCAAAUUCAAAGACUAUGCAUCUUCAAAUACUCCUCUUAGGGUUAGAAAACCAUGCCAUUUAGUUGAUCAAGAGUUUAUAGCCAAAUUUGAAAAAGGCAUUGCUCUAAUGAAAGCAUUACCUAAAGAUGAUCCACGUAGUUUCUAUCAACAAUCUAAAAUCCAUUGUGCUUAUUGUGAUGGUGCUUAUCAUCAACAACACCCUUUUGAGAAUCUGAAAAUUGAUAUUCAUAAGUCAUGGUUCUUUUUUCCUUUCCACCGUUGGUACCUUUAUUUUUUUGAGAGAAUCUUAGGUAGUUUAAUUGGUGACCCAAAUUUUGCUAUGCCCUUUUGGAGUUGGGAUACUAUAGAUGGCAUGCAAAUCCCACCCUAUUUCACAUAUAUGAAUUCUUCACUUUAUCAUAAACUAAGAGACAAAAACCACAUGCCACCAUAUAUUGUAGAUCUUCUAUUCUUCGGAAAUGAAAAUUUUAUCUCUCCUCAAAAACAAAUUUCUUUCAACAUGGCUACUAUGUACAAACAAAUGGUUUUAGCUUCUACCAAAGAAAUAUUCAUGGGAAGCCCUCUUAGACACGGAGAUAAAUCCGAUCCAGGUAUUGGAUCAGUUGAACUUGCACCUCAUAACACUGUCCACUUGUGGGUUGGUGCUGCCGAUACUCCGAAUCGUGAAGACAUGGGAGCAUUCUAUACAGCUGCUAGAGAUCCUAUUUUUUAUUCUCAUCAUUCCAACUCAGAUAGAAUGUGGGUUAUAUGGAAAAAAUUGGGACAAGGAAGAAGAGAUUAUAGUGAUGAUGAAGAUUGGUUAGAUUCUAGUUUUUUUUUCUACGAUGAAAAUGCGACGCUUGUUCGUGUUAAGGUAAGAGAUUGUCUUGAUACAAAAAAUCUAGGAUAUGUUUAUCAAGAUGUUGAUCUUCCAUGGCUAAAUUUUCAACCUACACCAACAAGAAUGAGCAAGGAACAAAGGGAAGCUAAAAGAGCUAAAGUUUUGAUUUCAAAGGAGAGAAAGCAUUUUCCAUUAGUUUUAGAUUCUAAAAAAAGUGUGAUUGUGAAGAGGCCUAGGAAGUUGAGGAGUAAGUUGGAGAAAGAAAAUGAGGAGGAGGUUUUGGUGAUAGAAGGGAUUGAAUUUGGAAGUGAUCAAUAUAUCAGAUUUGAUGUUCAUGUUAAUGAUGAUGAAGAUGAGUUGAGUGACCCUGAUCAAACUGAAUUUGUGGCAAGUUUUGUUAGUUUGCACAGUGUUCAUAAGAGUAGAAGAAUAAGUACUCGUUUUAAGGUAGGAGUGUCAAAAGUGUUGGAGAAUUUGGAAGCUGAUGAAGAUGAUGAUAUUGUGGUUACCUUGGUGCCUAAGGCAGGUAAAGGGGAGAUUAUUAUAAGGAAUAUCAUGAUUGAAUUUAUACCUAAGUAG